UGCCAUGAUAUGGAGAGCUUGAGAUGGUCAUGCUGGGCGCAAAGCACUGCAAAGAUCGGAUGAGCUUCGAUUUUGCUCAGGGACCUUCCACUGUCCAGAGCAGGCUUUUAUCAAUCGUGCUGUAAUUCCAUAGAAAUACAUGUUGGCUGGGUAGGACUGGGAGCAUCAAUCCAGGCCUGCAUGCAUCUUAAAGAAGAACGAUCAGUACGUGCACGAGUCGUGCAUUUUGCCUCUGUUUGGUAAGUGCUGCCGCUUACUAUUGCAGUAGCAUUCACCGGCCUCUGGUGCACACGUCCACAUUCUAUAGUGCACACAAUGCCGCCAGGAUUUCAUACUGGGUUGUGAUGCCUCACCGAGUUUGCCCUCAACGUGCAAGAUCUGUCCCCUUCCUCCAGCUAGCGUCCAUUCCUAGAGAAUUGAUGUAUCUACUUGGAAGCGUGCAGGGGUAGAAAAGCUGUCCGCAACAAUUCCUCGCCACCACGCCAACUUGGGUACUCACUGGUUUCCAUCCUGAAAGCGCCAAGAUAUGAUGAGGCCUCCUUAGUGACAGCUGUAAUUGUGCAGAUUGAUGGGUGGUGAGGCUGGGUCUCUGCCCGUGCGGUCAUAGUGAGGUCGCAGGGGUUUCCAAAUGGGCUGAUUGACUACAUUCACGGGCUUAGCCGCCCUUGGCUGUGCCACUCCUCUUAUAUCCUUAUAUCUAGCUGCUUAUGCAAGUUUGCUGUGGUCCUCAGAAUGAUCAGAAAAGCAUAGGCGUAGGGCAGCUUCAUCAGGCAUGGGUGCGCGAACAGCUCACCGCCGGUGGCUGCUCGUCUCCGCUCUAGUUCGCCGCAGCUGGGGGCUGCUUGUGGCUCUGGCGGGCCUCGUCCUUAUGGUGCAUCUUUCCACCAGGGGGAGUCCACCGGCCUCGACGGUACAAUUUGGCCCACGAAAAGUGUGUGAUGGCACUCCGGGGUCUUGUUCCGGGGGUCUGACCGCUGCUGAGGUCAGCAAAGCCCCUGCUCCCCUAAGGAUUGGGAUUUUGAGCUCAUACCCCCCCCAGAAGUGCGGCGUUGCGGAGGGCACCUAUGAUCUGUACCACAGGGGGGUGGUGGCAGCUGGCAUUUUGACCCCCCAUUUGAGUAUCGGCAUCGUUGUAGUGGACGAUGAGGGGACGCCAUACAGUUAUGGGGAUGAGGUUUCGUUCGUGAUCAGGAAGUGGGAGGUGGGGGACUACGUCCGGGCUGCUGACGUCAUCAACCGUCACUUUGAUGUGCUGAACGUCCAUCACGAGUAUGGUAUCUUCGGAGGAGAGUCGGGAGAGCUCGUUCUGGCCUUGCUAACCCGUUUAACCAUCCCCGUAGUGACUGAGUUACACACUGUCCCCCUAUUACUCACUGCCCAAGCCAAGGUGGUUCUACAGCAGAUUUUGAGUCACUCAACUUUAGUCCAAGUAUUCCUGCCCUCCUUAUGCGCCCGUCUACGCACCCAAGUCUCUGUUAAAAUCAACUGUACGUUUGGGCCGCACGGGGUGCCCGAACCGGUAGCUAGACAGAGGGACGACCCAGACAAGAAUAAAAAGCUGGUGAUCUUUACUCCCGGACUGCUGGCCCCAGUGAAAAGCAUCGAAUCGAUGAUCGAGGCCAUGCGAGAAGUGAAAGCGGCACUCCCCCGCGCAGUGUACCAUAUUCAGGGGGAUCCCCCUAAGAUCGCGGGAGAUUAUGUGGAAACGCUGAGGAGACUCGCGGAGACGCUCGGGGUGGGGGACGCGGUUCGGAUCGAGGUGACGUUCGUCAGCAAGGACGAACUCAUACGGCAGAUCAGCGGGGCGAGCUUGGUGAUUACGCCAUAUAUUGACCCGACUCAGGUUUCGUCAGGUGUUCUGGCACUCGCGGUCGGCCUCAAACGCCCCGCCAUCGCGACCCCCUUCGAAUACGCCCAAUGGCUCUGCAACCGCACCGCACCCGGACCCCCCGCUUGCGCGCUGGUCCCGUUCCGCGACGCGCGCGCGCUAGCCGCGGCCGCGAUCGACAUCCUGCGCGACCCGAACGCGCGGCGCGUCGCCCCCUCCGCCGCCCAUGCGCGCGGCAUGCUCGCGCACUGGCCGGAGCUGGCGCCGCGCUGGGUGGCGCUCCUGCGCGACGUCACGCUGACGUGGCGCAAUGGGAGCGGAUCUGGCGCGCGGGAAAGUGCUCAGAUUGGAGCGCGCGAGAAGAACGAAGUCGGUCGAUUUAACGACGGCGAAGCUGUGAGAACGGACGACUUGGCGCGGGAGCUCUUCUCGACGGCGUCGCAGAAGCGGCGCGAGGAGGUCAAUAGGUGGCUGCGGAGGCUUACGUUCGGGGGGGUCCGUUUCGCCGGAUGGGCGCCCCCCCUCAAGCGGUGCGUCGCCCAGCGGGGCAAGGACGACACCUUCCAUAUUGCGAAUGGGGUGUCUGCAUUGCACGGGCAGGUAGAUAAGGGCCAGGACCAUAUGAUCAAGCAUACGCUAUUGCACGGCUCGGACUUGGUGCUGGGGACCGCGGGCGUCCGGUACGGCGGGCUGUUCGUGUCCGCACGAUCGGAGAUCGGACGGCUGGAAACGCGGCUCGUACCGGACGCGUGGGAGAUCAGCGGCGGAAGACCUGGGAGUGACGCCUUUCUGCGACUCGAAACGCUUCUAUCCGUUUCCGAGACCGAGUCGAAACCAGUUGGGCGGGUGUCAACGUUCUUCAGUCUGCGGCCUGGGUUUGCGGGCUUGACACUCGACUUUCGGAUCGAAGCGUUUGGCGGGUGCUUGCGGGAGGUCGAGAUCGUUUCCGGCAUGGAUUCCAUGUCGAGUCUCUUUCCCGGGCUAGUUUUUGACAGCUUUUACGGACGGUUAGCAAACGGCGAAGCACGGAGCGUCUCUGCUGCGAGCGGUGAAGUUAUGCUGUACGAUCGCACCAGAGACGAGCUUCCAGACUGGAGCCUCGUUUCCAACAAAAAGGGCCAAUUCGGUGUGAUCACCAUCCCCAGGAAUCAGUCUCUGCUGGUCUCUACUUUCUGUAGCAGUGGGGAAAGCGACAAUGGUGAUGCUAACUUUCACUACGUGGCGAGUCGGUACUUUGUGGGUCAGGUCUGCGAAGGUUACCCAAAGUCCGUAAUCGAAGACAAGUUUUUGGUGUCAAAUAUAGACCCGAAAAGUUGGUCCGCACUUGAUGGCGUGCUACAAAACGUCAACAGCUUUAGAGGGUUUGAUCUGUCCGGGCCUGUCGAUACGAAACUGGUGGAGGAUGCGUUUAGAACGCAGGACUACCAUCGAAUAGCCGAGACCAGUCACUAAACUGAAGAAAUCCGACCUGCUUAUCACCUUAACCUGUAGGGUAGUAGGCUUUAUUAUACAGCAUGCGUUCGACUACAGCUGCCUCGCAUGCAACACUGUUACAACACAGCGCGCUCUUUAACUCGUAUCUUAGAGGCGAGCUAAUAAUGUCUUGAUUCGAGGAGUCCAGAAUACUGGACAGAAACUUCUAUUUUCUUCUGUACAGCAAAAAUAAACAUUUUGAUCCUUGCUUAUCGGGCGGCUUAUUCGCUGGCUAUACUUUAGCAACUGAUUGUACCGAGAGGGCGUGUAGGAUUGAACAUAUGUCCGUUGGCCGAUCGGCCCAUCAUCUGAAAACAGUGUUCUGGC